AUGUGUUUGCGGGACUCUGGAUCGAUACGUAAUGCAUGUCGAAUGUCUUAUUUAAAGUGGCGCAAUAAUACUGAAUUUGUUAGCGUGUUAAAUCGUCUCAAAGAUGAACCAAACGAAUCUAUAAUGAACAACGACGAUGAAGUAAGAUUAUCUGAGCAUAUUGUUGUCAUUACGUAUCGAUUGCUUCUUUACAAUGAUGAUCAGAAUAGUGAAUGUGUAACAGCAGCGUCAUCAACUGAUCCGGUUGAUACAAACAUUGUGACUUUACCGUUGAAUAUGACUGUUUCAUCUCAUCAAUAUGUUUUUGAUAAUAAUCGAUAA